UGGUCUUAGAGUCAAAAGUUGAAACCAUUUCAAAGCUAGAGGUACAUGCCUCUGCAAUUUCCAUCUUCGUCCUCGUUGUUCUUCGGAAAUUCACCAGAAGCACCUCCCUUACGCAACGGCCAACGCCCAACCGCUCCUCCAUGCCUUUCUGCCAAUUUCAGUCGGUUACAUUUAUCACUGAAAAUUAACUUACCACCCAUCACCAAAACACAGAAAUUAAACAAAAGAGGAAAGCCAAGGAAAUGAGCUCUUCUCUUUUUUUCUUCAUCCGCCAUGGCUACCUACUCGUUUUCGUCUUCUCCUUCCCGUCUCUCUUCCUAGUACAACUCUCCUUCUCCGAUCCCCGAGCCACGGAGGCAGCUCUGAUGUGCGCCAACCGGACCGCCGCAGACCCAAUCCGGCAGACCUUCAUCACCAACUUCCUGGCGGCGCUCAACGACAUGAACCCACUAAUCGCCAACCAGGGAUACGCCGCCGUCAUCAAAGGAACCGGAAAUGCCACGGUCUAUGCCUUUGGCGAGUGUAUGAAGGACCUCGACGGCAGAGAUUGCAACGUCUGCUUCGCCCAGUGCAAGACCCAGAUCCUCCGCUGCCUCCCCUUCCAGCGGGCGGUCCGAGGCGGUCGCCUCUUCUACGACGGCUGCUACAUGAGGUACGACGAUUACGACUUCUUCAACGAGAGCUCCGGCCCCCAGGACGCCGCGGUCUGCGCGCCGCAGAAUUUCUCCGGUGGGGAUUUGGGGGAUUACGGCGCCGGCGCGAUUGCGUUGGUUAGGAAUUUGAGCGAGCUUGCGGUGGCCAAUGACGGGUUCUCGGUGGGUUCGGUGGAGAGGGGAAACGUUUCGGUUUUCGGAUUAGCCCAGUGCUGGGAGUUGGUCAACGGAAGCGAUUGCCGGAGUUGUUUGGCGGACGCGGUUUCGGAGAUUGGGAAUUGUACUCCCAGGGUAGAAGGCAGAGUUCUGAAAGCUGGGUGUUAUAUGAGAUACUCCAAUCAGAGAUUCUACAACAUUUCCAGCUCCCCCGCGCCUUCUGGAAACGGAGGGCGAAGCCACUUGGGUGUGAUUUUGGCUUCGAUUUCCGCAGCUGUGGCAGCUGGGAUCAUUGUUUUAGCUGCUGUUUUACUUGCAAGGAGAAGGAUCCGCCGAAAGCAAACCCAGAGGAAGGACCUUGGAGCUCUGCUACUUACUGUGAACAAGUCCAGGCUCAAUCACUCAUAUGAGUCUCUUGAAAAAGCUACCAAUUACUUCCACCAAUCUAAUAAGCUGGGACAAGGAGGAUCUGGGUCGGUUUACAAGGGAAUAUUGGGUGAUGGCAAAACAGUGGCUAUAAAAAGGCUCUUCUUCAACACAAGGCAAUGGGUGGAUCAUUUCUUCAACGAAGUCAACUUGAUCAGUGGAAUUGAACACAAGAACCUUGUCAAGUUAUUGGGUUGCAGCAUCACUGGCCCUGAAAGCCUCCUAGUUUAUGAAUACGUUCCAAAUCAAAGCCUUCAUGAAUACCUUGAUGUGGGUUCAGGAAGAAACAUGAACGCUGAGCCGUUGACUUGGCAGAGAAGGUUUAAUAUCAUACUUGGAACAGCCGAAGGACUAGCCUUUCUUCACGAGGAGUCAGAAUUGAGAAUCAUACAUAGAGAUAUUAAGUUGAGCAAUAUUCUGCUGGAUGAAGAUUUCUCUCCCAAAAUUGCUGAUUUUGGACUUGCAAGAUUGUUUCCCGAAGGCCAAACCCACAUAAGCACUGCAGUUGCAGGCACAUUAGGUUAUAUGGCUCCUGAAUAUGUUGUUCGAGGCAAGCUGACCGAGAAGGCAGAUGUGUACAGCUUCGGGAUCGUGCUGAUAGAAGUUGUGACAGGGAGGAGAAGCAACUCCUUCUCGAGGAACCCGUAUUCUAUUAUUCAAACGGUGUGGAAUCUGUAUGAAAGUGGUGAUCUGUGUGAAGCUGUUGAUCCAGAUUUACAAGGCGAUUUCCAACGGGAGGAAGCCACUCGAUUGCUAGAGAUAGGGCUGUUAUGCGUGCAAGCUUCCGCAGACCUGCGGCCAUCGAUGUCAGUGGUGGCAAAGAUGGUGGUGGGAGACCAUGAAAUUCCUACCCCAACACAGCCGCCAUUUUUGAACCAUCAGCAUAAUAGUAGCGGGAUUGGUGAAACUAGGAAGCCCGUAAGACCAGCUACCGCUUCCGAGUCCUAUAGCCAUUCUUCUGAGAACAGUACGACACAGAGCUUGGUCGAACCCAGAUGAGAAGUGUGUUAUUAUUUGGUAUUAUUGUAUAUAUAAUCUCUUGUGAAUUAAUAAGUGUUUCAGUUUCUUAUGUACCGUACUAGCUUCGAAUCAUUGUUUCUUGAGCUGACCUGUGGUCGAUUCGUUGUAGAGAGGCGGCGAUAAACAUACGAUAAGAGAGCAAGAGCAGAUAACAUUCUUUGUGGUAUGUGCUGUAUAAAAUAAAUUAAUAGGAAACUGUACGACUGGUGUUGUUGCAUACUAGAAUAUAAAGUUAGAUCAAGACAAUUCAUCAACCACU